CUCUCGGCUUUUCCCGUCUGCACAAGCAACAGGGCGAAAGUUCUCCAUAAUCAAAGCCCUACGUCGAUGGCACUACCGGAUACACGGGCUUGUUUUUUGAUCGAAGCGAAAAGAUUUUGAUUUUUGAACAUCAUAUCCUGUCGACUCAUACACAGACAUGCUCUUUGUUGUCAUGAUUUCUGUCGUCUUGGCUUGAUCGAUGAGAUUUGAGCCGCAAUUCGCUGUCAUUUACCCCAAGUCACCAAAGAAAAUCCUUCCAUCAGACGACGUGUAUCUUCAACAACAUAGAUUCAAACUUUAUUUUUAGUCAACGUUCUCAAAGCGAUUGAAUGAAGUGUUGGAAUAUCGCUUUCGCCGCAUCCAUCUAGAACGUUAUCGUGUUUCGGCCUGUUAGAACCGGCCACGAUCAGCCACGAGCAGUCACAGCCACAAGCCAGCGGAGCCCAAACCCCACAAAACACUUUGACCGCCGGAUUUCAGCUUAUCGUUACCAUCAUUGAUGUGCAUCGUUAUCCACACAAGCGAAGAAUUGGACAGGGGGAAUUCCUUGAAACGGGCGCAUUUUUGGGAAACUCCACGUUAGCCCCAUGAUUUUGCCCUACGAACCCCAUGGACUACAGCAGCACAAAAGGUACACAAUUAUCACCAUAAAUAGCCGGUGGCAAAGGAUCACGAGUGACAGGAAAAGAUUGCUAGACUUCCGAAUUUCAAUAUCCCUAUCAUUCUUCACUUUGUUCACGCCCAGCUUUCCGAGUGUGUUUUCCCAUCACCCCAUUGCAGAACACACAAGCCUACCUGUUGCUCGGCUAACUAUUAUCAACAUGUUACCAUUGACAGAAAAUCAAAAAUCUACCUUGAAUCGAUGGGUUGAAAAUCAUCUAGGCAGACCUCAGGAUAACGGGAUGAAAUUUCUCAUGGCCGAAACAGGUCUAGAAGAAGAGCAAAUCAAUCAUUGGUGGACCAAUCAUGAAAGUACUCGUGAGUAGCACAUUUUUACCUUUGGCAGGGAAAUAUUUUCUAAAAUUCUACAUCAGGUCUUAAUAUUGAAAUUCCACUCGGAGAAGUAGCGCCGAUUCCUGAAGUUGGCCUGUAUAAUUCUGAAAGCAAUGAUUUUGGUCUUGUAAAUGAUAAUUUGCCAGAUUCGAGCCUUGACCAAUUUGAAAACGACAUGCAAAACUUCGUGUUUCCCGGUCUGGGAAAUUGGUCUCUACCUGAGCAGUCAUGCCAUCAUUUCCAGGAACUGCAGUCGCAUUUAUAUGGUUUUCAAAGCCAAGACAAUCGGGGCGACGGCUCUCCGCAGAGGAGGCUUUCUCAAGCGGAAAUCACUUCGAUCUGUGAUAAUGAUGUAGUGCCAUCGAUACCAUCGCACGUGGAUAAUUUUGUGUCAGACAGAUGUACUUGGGGCUUCACUCCAACAUUUUUUUCUGUGGACGAGGAUCAGGCAGCAGGCUCACUGGAAUCAUGUCAGAAUUUUCAGACUUACCAAGGCAUAAAUCAAGCAAAUAUUACCUCGAUGUCUAAUUCACAAUACGAUUUGCCUAGUGAUCUCCACAAAAACCAGUUCACCAUUCGACACCACAAAUCGGAAUCUAUCCCACGAUUAUUCACUAGAUUGAGGCACGAAUCAGGUACAAAUCCGUACGUUGAACAAUCAGCAGAUAUACCUCAAAGGGUUAUAAGAUACAGUUGCACAAUAUGUAGGCAGGCAUUUGAACGCAAAGGUGCCAAAGGCGACUGGAAAAGGCAUGAACAGACAAAGUGUGACCAACAAAAGUUGUGGUACUGCAUGUUAAAAGAGCCAAUUACGUAUACCCAGGUACUCAAUGUUUGGUCCUGCAUGCUAUGCGAUUAUGCUAACCGCAGUCAUAACGAGAUGACCAUCCAUCUCUCUAAAAAACAUCGAUUCCAAAACUGCUGGGAUAAACCUCUGGCUCAAAGGUGCCACCCUAGGAAAGACAAGUUGAGGGAUCACUUGAAGAAACACCAUAAUUUAUCGGAACGUUUUACAGGCUGGGAAGCUUGGCAUCAAGAUCAAACAGAAAAAAAGGCUUGGGGCUGCGGAUUCUGCGGUGACUGCUUUUUUACUUGGGAUGGUAAGUCUCCAAACACAAAUUCCUCCGUACUCUGUCUGUUUUAGUUUUUCGGCCCGGCAUAGGUCUCUCGAAACCAUGCAUGACGAUAAAUAAAAGACUAUUAAGGAUCUUCAUUGCUAACACUAGAUAGCGAGACUCGACCACAUUGCCGAACACUACGAAAAGCAAAGACUUGACAUUUCACAAUGGUCGUUGACAAAUGUCAUAAAAGGACUGCUCAAGCAGGCCGGAGAAUGGGAUGUGUUAACCGCGUGGAUAAGUCUUGUCGGUCAUAAUGACCAAUUGUACUCAUGGUUAAAUGACGACGCCCUAAUUUUGCAGCGCAAAUUGGAGUGUCACGAAGACACACCGCAGAACCUCGCCCAAGAGGCCAGAAGAUUGGCAGGGAAAUCUUCUCAUAAUUUUGUCCCGCAAACUUGGCCCCUUUCUGGCCCUCAUGCAGCAAGACUAGCGCAAGAUAUGUUUGCUGAAUCUUUGAGUAGAAUUUCAGGCCAAGGAGAUAACGGCAACUCUUAUGGGAAUACUUAUAAUAUGGCAAAUAUUGGGCAAGUUAACCCCGGGAUACAAGUUGGUAAUUAUAAUGGUUUCAUCUAGUGAUGUAUCGAGUCCGAAUGGUAGAAAAGCAAAGGUAAUGGUUUCUGAGAGCUGGUUAUCCACAUUCUAAAGAGACUUUUGCUUUACUUAUUUGUUACUGCUAGGAUUACCGGGGAGCUGAGCAGAAAGAACCAGAGAGCCUUUCACGCUGCACACAUUGAGCGAUUUAACAAACAGUCAUGACACACGAAUGAACGAGGAGUUUUGAGCAGGGAAGGCACAUACAUUUUUGUGUCAACAAUCUAUAUGAAAAGAUUGCUAGAAGGUACAGUUUUAACGUGGAAUAGUUUCACACUGACUUAGCUUUUAGUGGGGAUUGAACUUGGUAUUUUUUCACUGACUUCCAGCUACAGGAGACCUGGCUCUGUAUUGGAAGUAUGGUCGGGUUCGGAGUUUGUCUUUAUAGUUUUAGAAAAAUCUUGGGUGAUGAAUAAUGAUGGAUAUUCGAAAGAAGGAAGCGGGAAGUUGGGAUAAAACCCGUACUUAUUUAUGAUGUACUGAUUAAUACUCAAAAACAGUUAUUUAUUUUCCGAUGAGCGUUCUGG